CUCCCUCUGCUUGUCAGGAAGCAACCUGAUUGGCCGAGGCCUAGCAAAGAGUGCCCGGGGAUCCAAAACUGCAGGCCGCACUUAGCUUACCGUCAAAAAUAAACCAAAACAAUAACAGACAAAACCGACAAGUGGGAGAAACGCCGAUAUACUCGGAAGACGUCGUUAUCAGAAGGAUUGUUUCUCCUGAUGGAAGGAAGCAUGAUAAAUAACCUAUUGGUUUUAUUCUAGAGAGUCUUGGCAUCAAAUGUGAAGUCUGUUUCUGAACAAAGACAUGGACCAAGGUGGAGGGGUGUUGGAGCUACACACUCAGGAGCUGAAGAUGCCCCAUACUAUGAUCAUGCAAGACUUUGUUGCAGGAAUGGGAGGCCUGGCUCACAUCGACGGGGAACACAUUGUGGUUUCCGUUCCUGAGGGUAUGCUUCUGUCUGAUGUGAUGACAGAUGAGGGCAUCCUGCUGGAGCAUGGCCUGGAGGUGGAGGGCCUGGAGACUCAGGUGGUGGAAGGCCUAGAGACAGAGGUGGUGGAAGGCCUUGAGACUGAGGUGGUGGAGAGCUUAGAGACAGAUGUAGAAGGCCUGGAGGCAGAAGUGGUGGAAGGUUUGCAGACCCAGGUGGUAGAGCUGGAGGCUCAGGUUGUUGAGGGCCUAGAGGGUGAAGUGGAAGUGGAAGGUCUAGAGGCCCAGGUGGUCGAGGGUCUGGAAACUGAGGUAGACGUCGAGGACCUGGAAGCUCAUGUUGUUGAGGGCCUGGAAGAGGAGGUGGAAGUGGAAGGCUUGGAGGCAGAGGUGGUUGAAGGUCUAGAGGUAGAUGUAGAAGGCCUACAGUCUGAAGGGGUAGAGAGCCAUGAAAUGAGCCACGAGGACAUGGUGACCUCAGAACACAGUGUGAUCAUGCCUGAGAAUAUUCUGGGCACAGAGGUUGCUAUAGAGGAAGCUCUUGACCCUCAUCACCACCAUGUCCUGACCUCAGACCUCAUCCAGGACCCAAGCCACCACCAUGAUGACAUGCCAGACCAGGUUUUUGUGGCAGAGCUCCUGUCUGAGCACCAGGACAACACCCUGGACCAGCAGCUUGUGUCUGAGGGGGUGAUGGUGGCAGAGGCCAACUCCGAGACAAUUAUCCAUGAGCAGCUGCCAACUGAAGCUGUCACGCUGCAGACAGACGAGGAUGAUGAUGCAAGAAGCAGCUCUGAGGACUACCUCAUGAUCUCUUUGGAUGAGGUUGGUGAAAAGCUGGACAUAGGAGACACUCCCCUGGAGAUCAGCACAGAGGUGAUGGAGGACAAGGAAACCAAAGAUGAGGAUGGAUCUGAGGUCAUAAAAGUCUACAUUUUCAAAGCUGAGGCAGAUGAUGAUCUCGGUGGAACAGAGGUGAUAACAGAGGAUGAUUACCAGAACGGCCAUCCUGAUCUGGAGGCUGCUUCUUCAGGCAGACUGGGUGUUGGCCGUGACAAGAUGGUCUACAUGGCAGUCAAGAACCAUCCAAAAGAAGAUGACGAUGAUGACGACGAUGAUGAAAGUGAUGAUGAUGACGACAUCAGUAACAGCAUUGAUCCAGUGAAGAAUGGAACAGCCACGCCUUUUUUACAGAUCCGAGAAGGAUUGGGCACCAACCGGGCCCUCAAAGCCAAGGCUAAGAAAAAGAAGAAGGGAGAGACACGGCAGUGUCAGACUGCUGUUAUCAUCGGCCCUGAUGGCAUGCCUCUGACCGUCUAUCCAUGCCACAUCUGCGGAAAGAAGUUCCGUUCCCGAGGCUUUCUCAAAUGCCAUAUGAAGAACCACCCUGACCACCUGCUUAAGAAGAAGUACCAGUGCACAGACUGCGAUUUCACCACAAACAAGAAAGUCAAUUUCCACAACCACUUGGAGAGCCACAAGUUGUUGAGCCACCACAGCGAGCGGUCUCCCGAAUACACAGAGUAUACACGCCGCUACCAUGAGUCCAGCCCCUUGGGUUCCGAUAAGCUCAUCGUGAAGGACCGGGAGCCCAAACUGCAUCAUUGCAAGUACUGUGAUUAUGAGACGGCCGAGCAGGGCCUGCUCAACCGUCACCUGCUUGCUGUGCACAGCAAGAACUUUGCACAUGUGUGUGUGGAGUGCGCCAAAGGCUUCCGUCACCCAUCAGAGCUGAAGAAGCAUAUGCGGACCCACACAGGUGAGAAGCCCUACCACUGCCCGCACUGUGAGUUCCGCUGUGCAGAUCAGUCCAACCUAAAGACUCACAUCAAGAGCAAGCAUGGCGCAGACCUGCCCUUCAAGUGCAGCCACUGCCCCCAGGCCUAUGCUGAUGCACGGGAGCUGCAGCGUCAUAUAGAGAUGGUGCAAGGCCAUAAGACCCACCAGUGUCCGCACUGUGAGCACAAGAGCACCAAUUCCAGUGACCUGAAGCGCCACAUCAUCUCCGUGCACACCAAGGACUUCCCUCACCAGUGUGACGUGUGUGAGAAGGGCUUUCACAGGCCCUCAGAGUUGAAGAAACACGCGGAGACACACAAGGGCAACAAGGUGCACCAAUGCAGGCAUUGUAACUUCAAUGCUCCCGACACCUUCACCCUGAGUCGCCACAUCCUGUCCUUGCAUACUAAGGACUUACCGUUUAAGUGCAAGCGUUGCCGGCGAGGCUUCCGGCAGCCUGCGGAGCUGAAGAAGCACAUGAAGACACACAGUGGUAGAAAGGUUUACCAGUGCCAGUAUUGUGAGUACAACAGUACGGACGCUUCUGGCUUCAAACGCCAUGUCAUCUCCAUCCACACCAAGGACUACCCUCACCGCUGUGACUACUGCACCAAGGGCUUUAGGAGGCCUUCAGAGAAGAGCCAGCACAUAGCCAGGCAUCACAAAGACAUGUUGAUGUAAUGUCAUCGCGCGUGCACACACAAACACACACUCCUCUUUCCUGAGUAAAUCUGUGUCACACACCCAGAGAUAAUUUUAGUCUAUUAACAAAGGAACGAUGGAUAUAGACUGUUGAUGAUGAUAAUGCCGUUCUAACUGACCAUUCUGUGUUCUGUGGUGAAAUGGGUCUAAUCUACCCCCAAGGACAAUGCAAGAGUGCAUUUUUAGGUGGGGGUGAAUUUAAAAAAAAGUGUAUACACUUAGUGGGACAGCUGUAAAUUUUGUCUUGUUUUGUUGCAGAAAAAAAUCACAUAUGAACAUAUAUUCAGGGUUUCAAAUUUCUAUAUUUUUAUACCCACUCAGCUGAAAUGCUGCAAGAUGAUGACUGUGUCCUGUAAAAUAGAAAGUGGUGCUUUGUGAACGUCAUGCCAGUUCUUCAGAUGAUGUGGAAUGAGUACAGGAGAAGUUUGCCUCCAGAGUACCAACUAGGAUCCCUUUCCCCCUACUAACCAGCUUUUACCCUGACAUUUGUUUUAAAUGCCAUCAUGUCAUUUCUUCAAGGAGCAGGGCCAUUUGCAAGAUUAAAAAAAAAAAAAAAAAAAGGUUUGGAACAAUGUUUACAUAUGUAACGCACCUUAAAAGGAUAUUUCAUAAUCUAAUAGUUGUACUUCUGUACACUGAUGUUCCUCCUAAGCCUGCACACUCAUGGUGUGCCACUUAAAUUAUCAUGUACAAUGUAUAUUCAGUCAGAUGGCUAAACAUUGAAUAUGGACUUUAUAACUGGUCAGAUCAUCAAUGUCUAGAGAAAUGGAGGGAAAAAGGUGCCGUUGAUAUAUUAGUGGAAUAUCCCUUUAGUGUACAAUGCAUUUCUGACAAAUCUGCGUUUGUCCCUUCUAUGGUGCAGAUUAUUAAUCAGUUUAUUAAUGUUAGGUGAGCUUGACCGAGGGGUGGCGUCAGAAUUUGUGGAACCCCCCGAAGUGGUAUCUGACUGCCACUGUAGGAGGCAUAUGUGUGUGAUGUUACCUAAGACACAGACGUGCUCUCUCAGCUAACUGUUUGAUUGCAAUCAUGCCUUAACAUCUGUUGGUCUUUUUUCCCCAAGCACUGAACUCAGCUAAUCAGAAAACAAGUGAUUUUUUAAGUCUCAAACAUGCUGUAUCAGUACCAUUCUCUGAGAGAUUAUGUUUGAGUCGGUAGAAAGCACUUUAAAUGUGUUUUAUUUUUAUUAUUUUUUUUUUAAUUACAUGUAUGGGGAAUAUAUAUAAACAUAUAGUCCCUGGAUAAUAAACAAUUACUGAACAUUGUGAGUGGAUAAAGAGUGUUGUGAGUAUUAUCUCCUAGCAGGUGGGAAUGUACAUUAUUCCAUCGAAAUUGAAUUGUCAUUGAAAGUGGUGACUGAAACCAUCUAUUGUUAUGUUCUAUGGAUAAGUGAUUGGGUUUUGUGUUUGUGCUCACUAACAUCAAUUUUCCAGACCCUGGUCCUACAUAACUGAAUCCCAAACAUGGGAUUGUACCCUUGAACUCAAUGGUCAACAUAUUGGCAUUAGUCUUAAAAGUAUGCACAUAUGCUGUCUCCAUAAAAUUAAUUGUGGUAUAUAUUAAAGAUCCAUGCAUUUCGUGUACCUUAGUCUAUUUUUAUUUCAGUCUGAUUGUGGAUAAACUACUGGUGGGGAGGAACCAAAAUAAACAAUUAUCUUUUUA